GUGAUUUCCCCCUUCCACUGUGCACUUUCCCGCGGUUUUCGUUAAAGAAUACGUCUCGCGAUCCACUGUGAUAAGACGAAGUGUCAAAUUAUUGUUCCCAUUGUUUGCGAUCCAUCUCGGUUAUGGCAGCGCUCAAUUUUGAGAAUAGAGGAACUACUUAAGGCCCUUGGGGGAAUGUAAUUAAACGUUAAUGUAAACAUUAUUUUAAUUUCGGUAAUAGUCUUACGCAACCGUUAUCCUGAACAUUUUUAAAAAGACGUUUGUUCUCUUUAAAUUGUAAAUACUUGGCGAUGAAAAUUAUGGAUGUUUCAAUGAAAGAGGAAGAUUGUACGAUAGUGCAGGUAACCCCACCGAAAACGAAAAAGUUGAAACAAGCUCGCCUUCCAUUCAAAAUGAUAAGUUCCAUUGAAUCGUCCAAUUCGACUUCCAAUAAGAAAAGGAAAUUCAGUUCUCCAUCGCCCACCCAAUGUCGAAGUCCCAAACUUGUGAAGAUUAAUACCAAGGAAAAUUCUUCUGACAAAAUUAAAAAGAGUGAACCAGAUGUUUCAGAAGUAAAUCGAACUGAAUCUGAAGAAGACAAUAAAGCACUUAAUGAUACUAAAGUCACGGAAGUUGUGGAUAAAAGUAAAGAAGAAAAUGAAAAAAGAAGGUCUGGUAGUAGCAAGGUUAAAGAUGUAAAAAGUAAAAAGUCUGAUGUUAAGGAGUCAAUGCAACAUGGUGCUUUAAACCGAUUUUUAAAGAAAACUGAUGAAAAAGAUGAUGGAGUUGAUACAUUGUCAAAAUCUACAAUAACGUCUAAGUGUGCAAGUACUGUCAGUGAUGAUGAUGAAAAUAAAUCCGAUGGCGAAAUACUUCAUAUUGAAGGAGUGCAAGACGAUAGCAUAGAAUUGAUCACAGAAUCGGAAUCUAUACAUGAAGAGAGUUUAAGUGUAGCAGAUAAAAGUAGUCCAAUUGGCAGCGAACAAGAAGUCUCUGAAGUCCAUCAGGAAGUCACAGUAUUAUCAUCAGAUGACGAAUUAGAUAAGUCCUGCAAUGAAAGUGAUGUGAAAAAUACACCUACUUCUCAAGCUAACAUUAAUAAAACUCCUAAACGGAAUAGAACUUCAUUUACAAAAGAGAAAAAGCUAACUCCUAAACAAUUAGAGAAACGCCAGGAAAUCGCUAAAAGGCGAGAGGAAAAAGAAAGAUUGAAGAUGGAGAAAGACAAGAAACGAGAAGAGGAACGAGAGAGUCGAAAGAGGGAGAAAGAAGAAAAGCGAAAAGAAAGGGAAGAGAAAGAGAGAUUGGAAAAGGAACAAAAACGGAAAGAAAAAGAAUUGAAGGAAAUGAAAAAGCAGAUGGAAAUAGAACAGAAGCAAAAAGAAAAGGAAGCAAAAGAAGAAGAUCGCCGCAAGCGUGAAGAAGCAAAAGAGGAAGAAAAGCGGCGAAAAGAAGAAGAAAAGCUAGAAGCAGAACGUAAGAAGCAGAAAGUGGCUUCGACAUUUGUGAGUUUCUUUGUACCAAAAAAACUGGAGGCGAAACCUACACUGGAGGAGGAGGCAGUUGUUAAAGUCAGUAACUUCAUGCCCUUUGAAGUUAAAGCCGAUAUGAGAGUAGCACCUGUUACCAGAAGAAAAUUGAGCAAAGAAGAUAGAUCCAAAUUUGAUGAAUUAUGCAAUGAAGGAAACGAGUUGACAAAACUGGAACUUUACCUUGCAGAGAUCAAGAGUAAAACUAGACAAACUCUUAAAUGUGGAAAGACUUGGCCAGCCGAAGCUAAAGACGACGUUAUCAUUAUCGAUGAAGAAGACGAUGAUACGUCUAACAUCGUGGACCAAAACACCUUAACGAUCGAUAAGCAUCGCCCAAAACUACUAACGUUCACUGAAAAUCGUCGACCUCCAUAUUGGGGGACGUGGAGAAAGAAAAGCAACCGCAUUUCCGCCCGCCGACCAUUUACCAGAGAUACGAAAUGGUUCGAUUACGACGUCGAUUCCGACGAGGAGUGGGAGGAGGAAGAACCUGGAGAAUCACUGAGAGGGUCCGACGACGAGAGAGACGAUGAGAACGCCGAUGACGACGAGUACGAUGUCGACAACGAGUUCAUGGUUCCUCAUGGUUAUCUAUCGGAUGAGGAAGCGAAAGCCGACGAGGAAGAUUCCGAGGACAUGUCCCCGGAGACGCAGAAGGUGAAGUUGAAACUCCUUGGCGAAGAGUUCGAGGCCGAGAGGAACGAGAAGACGGCGAAAAUCAAGCCCAAAGUGAUCGGGUGCAUCUGGCAAGACGCCGAGGGUCGUUACCCCAAGAAUACUACAUCUCACGUGGUCCAGUUCCUGACCGCUCAUCAGGUCUGGGUACGUGAACUACCGGUGGUACUUCGCCCAGCUGCAGGAAACGAGAAUCAGACUGGUCUCGAGGGCGACGCGUUAUCCCAGAAGCAACCUGGCUCAUCGGGGCCUAAAAAGAAGAAAGUGCCAGAAGAGGCGAUGCCUGAUCUAAUCAGGUUGAUCCACGGCAAUACGCACGGCCGCGGCUUCCUGGUCAAGGAGUUCAUGACCUUCUGGAACAAGAAGAACAAGCCUGGAGAACAGCAGAUCUCUAAGGCGAGUCUGUUGCAAAAGAUCCGGGAAAUCGGUAGGUGGAUGGCCUGUCCCGAACAGGGUCCUCUACACCUGAAGGCUUGCUGGUACGUCUCCGAGGAUGCCCGGAAGGAGUACGGUCUCGAAGACAUUACCAUCCCGAAUCGUUGGUCAUACAUCCUGACUCCCAAACGCAGGAGCGAGGUUGAAGUUCCCGAGAAGCACGAGAAGGAGAAGGACGACAAGGAGAAGAAGAGGAUUCCGUUGAUAACGCAGUUCACCAAGAAAGUCAGUCAAGACGAUCGGAAGAGACCGAAUCUGGAGAUGCAGCCCAGAGUGGUAUUGACCAAACUGAUUCCUACACAAGCGAAGCCGCCGAAAAGGGCGACGUUGAUCUCUGUCGCGAGGGGAGAAAACUUUCCAAAAACUUCGACCGACAAUACAAUAAUGAAGUUCAUCACGACGUGUAGCCCUAGUAAUAAGACUGUCGACAAGGUUCCUACUGUCCAAGAUGAUAGCGACGAAGUUAUGAUCCUCGACGAGAUCAAGAACGUUAAUGAGAAACCGGCUGAAAAUAUUCAAUCGUCCAAGGAGAAGGAUGCGACCUCGGCAUCAAUGGAGAUUGAUCAGGAGGAAGGUUCGGAAGAUAAAAUUGCACAUUUGGACACUUCUGCUGGGAAGAGUUCCAACGGCGUUCCCAUUGUUAAACACGAUAGUAAGGAAGUUAUUAACGGAGAGGAAAAGAAGGAGCGCUCUGGCGUAAAGAACGAAGGUGAACUUAAGAUGUCCGAAGGUGGACAGGGUGCCUUUGUCAAUGGAAAGUGAAAGGUAACGUCAGACAGUUUUAUUUAGACAAGGUAAAUCGGAGACAACAUCACAGUGUUGCGGGAGGACUUAUCUUUAAUGGGGAGAUGAGCGGAUGGGUGGAGAAAUUGUUCGUUCGGCCAGAGAUAUCAGUAAUUAAUAAUGGUCCGUGACGUUGGACCUCGACUCGUUAAAUCAUAUUUUUGUAUAAAAGAGAAUUUGAAUUCGUAGAGUCGGUGAGAGGGAUUAUCGCCGAAGAGAUACAUAUAUCCAGAAAAUACGUAGAUAAUUCCGUUAGUGGAGAAGCAUUUUACAGCAAUUAUUCACUUCGCCCUAAGAUUUAUAUAUAUAUUUCCGUUAUUCCGAGAUCAUGUACGUCCGUUCUGUCCGAGGAAGGCGAAUCAUAUCGCGUACUUUACAUGGCUCAGUUUGCGAAGACGAUCCUCGCGUGGGAAAUAGGAUUCCCGUGCUUCCGUACAUAAUGUAUAGUACAAGUAGGCACUCUAGUAUGUGAUGUAUCUUAAUUAACUGCGAACAUACGCGCCUUCGCGUUCACCUCGGUGCCUAGCUUUUCUAUGCGGUUUACAGCCAGUGGAUUAAAGGAAAAGGUAGAAA